AUGGAGUCUCUAUUGACUGGAAACCCAUAUUUCUCAGCAGGAUUUGGUUUAAUUGGCAUCACUGCAGGUCUGGCAAUUCUUAGAAAAGGAGCAGUUCAUGGAGUUACAAUGGCACGCCGCAAGCUACUUGUUUCACUAGAGAUUCCAAGUAAAGACCAUAGCUAUUCAUGGUUUCUUCAGUGGAUGACAGCCAACAAUGCUCGAAAUCUAGCUGCAUCUACUGGACAGUUGGCUAGAGGACCUGCUCGGCCACAUCAGUUGGCUAUUCAAACUACCUUUACUCGACAUGAGAAUGGUAGUUCAUCUACUGAAUUUCUGAUGGUUCCUGGUAGAGGAAAACAUUUUUUUGAAUACAAAGGGGCUUGGUUCCAGGUUGAGCGACAGCGGGAACAGUCAACUAUUGAUCUGACAACAGGCUCACCAUGCGAGAUUGUCACUGUUACCACACUCAGUCGAGAUCGUGCACUAUUAUCCCAGAUUCUCGAGGAAGCCAAAGAAGUCGCGCUAGCAAGCGAUGUAGGAAAAACUGUCAUUUACACUUCGUUUGGACCAGAAUGGAGAAAGUUUGGUAAUCCUCGUCGUCGACGGCCACUUGAUACCGUUGUGCUGGAUCAAGAUACCUCCAGCAUCAUCUACAAUGACAUCAAGGCGUUUCUUGCUGGUGGAUCAUGGUACCACACACACGGUGUACCUUAUAGACGAGGAUAUCUACUAUACGGACCACCAGGGAGUGGAAAGACUAGUUACAUUCAGUCUCUUGCAGGAGAACUCGGCUACAACAUUUGCAUUUUAAAUCUAGGAGAAAUGGGCAUGACUGAUGAUCGGCUUGCACAUCUUUUAAACAAUAUUCCUGCUCGAAGUAUUAUCUUGCUCGAAGAUGUAGACGCAGCCUUUCCAAGUCGCACUGCGGUAUCCAACGAUCCCAACACAACCCAUGUACAAACCAACUCUACUCGGUCUAUGCUGACAUUCAGUGGCUUGUUGAAUGCAUUAGAUGGUGUUGCUGCAGCUGAGGAGCGUAUUAUUUUUAUGACUACCAAUCACAUGGAUCGGCUAGAUAAUGCUCUUGUUCGACCUGGUCGUGUCGAUGUUCGGGCGUAUAUCGGAAAUGCUACAGAACUCCAGGCACGGGCCAUGUUUUUACGAUUUUAUGAUGGACAAGUAGACCUAGCAGAUCAAUUCACCAAAGUGUUGGUGGAGCGUGGGGCUAUUGGGAAUAUUAGUCCUGCACAGUUGCAAGGACAUUUUGUAAUACAUCGAAAAAGUGCUCAACGUGCUCUAGAUCGAAUCGAUAUGCUCUUGGAUAAUUCCUCACAAUAA